UGGAGGGUAACUUGUUUACGUAUUCAUGUACAGAGCUCUAGCACGAUGGAAAAUGUUGUUCUUGUAAAACUCCUUGUCUUGUUUCUUGUUUUCCCACUAACACUGGUUGCAUCUUGCCUGCCGAUCUGGUUAGCGCGGCGGUCCUUGCGGAAGAAAUGCGAACUGCAGAACCGUAGAACGGGUAGGGCUCUAGGCUUAUUAAACUGUCUUGCGGGAGGGGUUUUCUUGGGAACGUGUCUCCUAGACCUAGUGCCGAGUGUGGAGGAACAACUACAGACAGUGGUGUCAGGUUUUGUCAACUUUCCAGGCUUCCCACUGGCCCAGUUCGCUAUCGGUGCCGGGUUUCUCCUUAUUCUUUCCGUCGAACAGUGCACCGCAAAGUACAGCGAAGGUUAUAAAUCCACAACAUCAAGUCCUCCUUGUGAGACAACAGACGAAGACGUAGAACUGGACAUCUUUUCUCACGAAGUUGAGAACUUGGGACUCCUUGGUGGUGAAAGAAUCAGCAAAACUACCGACCUAAGAUCGUGGACUCUUGCUGUUGCUGUUUCGAUGCAUUCGAUAUUCGAAGGGAUGGCGGUGGGACUGCAGCAGAACGUAACGGACGUGUUUGAGUUGGUGAUGGCAGUGGCUCUACAUAAGUGCGUCUUAGCUUUCGGGCUAGGGCUGACCUUUGUACAGAGUGACCUUGGAAAAAAGUCAGUGGCAGGACUGUGCUUGGCGUUUGCCAUAACCGCUCCUAUAGGUAUAGGAAUCGGAACAUUGGUUGAGAACGGUGCGGAGAGUUCACACAGUUCCGCGGUAAGUGGGGUGUUACAGGGGCUGGCUACAGGGACACUUCUGUACGUCACGUUCUUAGAGAUCCUGUCACGUGAGCUGCACGGGAAAAACGACAGGAUCCUUAAAGUUUUCCUGGUGACAGCCGGCUACGCUAUCGUCUGUGGGCUGAUGCUUCUUGACCCGGAAACGAAUGAGUCAUUUGAACGUUGUGAUGAGGGAUCACCCUCACAAUAUACUUCCGGUUCAACCAAUACUCCUUUGAACAUCUAAAUAUGGUCAUGCGUUCAUCAAUUAUUUUUUUUCACGGAACUUAUGAUACCGGUGAAGGUAUUUAAAACAUAUCAAAUAUCAAGACAAUUCAUUCAGGCAAUCUUGAAUGAUCGUGAAUUGAAUGAACAGCACACAAAGUGCAAACGAAAACAUAACUUUCUAGGCGCGAAGGCAACAAUUUGUUACUUAAUACUGCUGAAAGUAUCCAUUGGUCUUCUAUAUCUACUGUCUCUUGUGGUCAUCAGCUAUAUGUAUUAUUAUGAAAAUUGAUAUUUCCUUCAGUGAAUGAUUUGAUCAUUUUGGAAAAUAACUGGAUAACUAACGUUACGUUGAUUAUGAUAUCUGUUCUUGUAUUUUAUGUAUAUUAUGAUUUGAUGUAUCAUUGUUAAG